CGACAUGGCCGAGACCGCUCCUGUCGCCGCUCCCGAUGUCGCCGCCGCCGCCGCUCCGGCCCCGGCCAAAUCUCCCGCCGCCAAGAAGCCGAAGAAGGCGGCGAGCGGCUCCAAAGCCCGCAAGCCCGCGGGGCCCAGCGUCACCGAGCUGAUCACCAAGGCCGUGUCCGCCUCCAAGGAGCGCAAGGGGCUCUCGCUCGCCGCGCUCAAGAAGGCGCUGGCCGCCGGCGGCUACGAUGUGGAAAAAAGUAAUAACCGCAUCAAGCUUGGCAUCAAAAGCCUUGUCAGCAAAGGCGUUUUGGUGCAGACCAAGGGCACCGGCGCCUCCGGCUCUUUCCGCCUCAGCAAGAAACCCGGAGAAGUCAAGGAAAAAGCGCCCAAAAAGAAAACUGCUGCAGCCAAAGCCAAGAAGCCGGCGGCCAAGAAGCCCGCCAGCGCCGCCAAGAAGCCCAAGAAGGCAGUGACAGCGAAAAAGAGCCCCAAGAAAGCGAAGAAGCCGGCGGCCGCAGCGGCCAAGAAAGCAGCGAAGAGCCCCAAGAAGGCCACAAAGGCAGCCAAGCCCAAGAAAGCGGCGGCGGCAGCGAAGAGUCCGGCUAAGCCCAAGGCUGUGAAGCCCAAAGCAGCCAAGCCCAAGGCGGCCAAGCCGAAAGCAGCCAAGGCAAAGAAGGCAGCGCCCAAGAAAAAAUAAGUGGUGGACCCGGUAACAGUUUUGCGCUCUUGUUCUUCGCCGGUGCAAGCAGCACAGCAGCGG